AUGCCUCGAUUUGGCGGAAGAGGCUUUGGAGGAGGCGGGCGUGGAUUGGGUGGAUCUGCGCGAACAGUUAGACAGCCACCACCAGUUCAAAGACCAUCGUCGCAGACGAGAGAUUUCCGCACCGCCCCGCAGCAGAAGUUCAGUGCUCCACCAGGGGGCCCCAAGAGGUUCAGUGCUCCGGCGGGUUACCAUGGCGCCGGCAAGGGGCCUGGACUUGGGGCUAUCAUUGGCGGCUCUUUCCUCGGAUCCGCUUUGGGCAGUGUCAUGGGAAAUGCCAUUUCUCAUAAGAUGUACGAGGGCAGAAAUCCAGAGACCGGCGCGUGGGAGGACAAGACUCGGCCAGAUAACAACCCUUGCAAACGGGAACUAGACUACUUCCUAGAAUGUGCCAAAUUCGUAGAGGAGCCCUCUUAUUGUAAAGGUCCAGCAGAUGCUUUGAAAAAAUGUGCAGAAAAACAUAAAGAUUAUUUCCAAGAAUCAGAAGGAUGA